AUGUAUCGCCUCACUGGGCACCUCCCAAACGACUACGGGUGCCGCAAGUACGGCGUCAUGGAGGACAAGGAACAGCUGGAGCAAAAAAAAAAACGGCUAUGGGGAAAAUAUGCCAAGUAUAAGAAGAAAUGGUGUCGUCGCUUUGAUUACCACGUUUAUGGCAUCCGCCCAGGUGAGAAUUGGAGCUUAUUUUCAGCCUGUAUAUUUCCUGCGUGGGAGCCCAUCUUUAACACCUGCACCGACUGCGCGCCGCGCAAGAAUCCCUACUUCCUCAAUACCACACCACUGCGAGACAUGUUUGCUGAGUCUCCGUUCACGUACGAGAUGCCAAAGGAUGAUAAUGUGCCACUCGUAAAGGAACGCCCAGAGUUCAAGUAUUUGUACCGCGGCCCAGAAAAGGCAGAGCUAGUGGAUGGAAAACGUUAG